CACACACAAACACCCUCCACUCUACAGUAUCUAUAGUUAGAAAGAAAACCGGUUGGACAACAUCUCCGUGGCUCAAACAAUGAGUGACAGGACGUCACACAGGAGUUGAAACAUUUGUAAGACCUGGGAUAGUUUCUUGUUUAUGGUUGCACUGUACCCUCGGCAUUCAAACCACUCUCCUCGUGUGCAGAUCCACAAUGGAAUUUGCUUGUGGGUUUGUUUAUGUCCCGCCAGUGACUCAGAUGGACGGCCAAAGAUCCAACGCCAAUGUCGUUAAACGCUCAGUUUUCUCUUUGUCUUUCAGCUCUACUCCCUCCUAGUAACCAUAUUCGUCCUCGGAUGCCCCCCCCUCCUCCGCCAACAAACUCUGCAGAACCCAAAUCGCCAAAAUUCCCCACAACAACCUCCAAAAUCUUUGAGCAGUUGGAGAAGAGCCUACUGAAAAAGGUUGUGAAGCCCAGUGUCUUCUACGAAAAUGAAGAAUUUCACAAUAAAACUGGUGCAGCUUUAUCCGUCAGUGCAACAGGCCAGCAGACGGCAUCUCGUCGAAGGGCAGCCCUUCUUCCACCGCACAUGAAACCUGCAGACAACAGCCAGUCCCCUCCUGGCAGCCAGCCACUCAACAGCAAUCAGACAUUUGUCUAUGACCUGCCAAUUAAAGAGUUAGAUUUAAACACGCAGCCCUGGGAUCCAAACUACUUAUACAGUAUACCAGAAGGCACUGGGGGCGAGGUGAAGCUGCCAGAAAAUACUACCACUGUGGCGGGUCCGACACCAGCCCCAGCCCUCCCACCAAGACCCUCAUUCAUGAAGUCAAUGCCAGAGUACCUGGUGCUGAUACCCUCGUCAAACUCAGCUCCUUCAUCCUCCCAGAAAUCGCCCUCAACUUCAUCACUUUCCAACUCUGAUGGUUCAGCAGAGAAGGAGCCUCUUCCCGGAAAUCCUAACGUCGUCCUAGUCAGUUUAGGGAAAUUACUCUCGGAGGAAAGAGUGCAGCCCAUUGUAGGCAAACCUACCUCCUGCUCCCAGUGUGGCUCUGUGCUGGACUCCUGCUAUUACAACGUGGUAAAUAAGUGUCACUUCUGUGGAACCUGCGAGUCGACCAGCCCUCCCAGUAUAGCUCCCUGUAUUAACUUCCUCCUCAACCCGGAUGAAAAGCCCCUGUGCGCUGCCGACGCUCUGCUGCUCUUCUGCAUCGACACCUCAGGCUCCAUGAGCAUCACCUCCCAGGUGUCAGUAGGUGAGCAGCUCGUCCACCGAUCCCGUCUCCAGUUUGUGCAGGAAGCUGUGAUACAGUGUGUUCAGAGACUAAGUGAACAGCGACCAGACGUGAGAGUGGGGCUCAUCACCUUCAACCAUCAGGUUACGAUGCAUGGUCAUGAUAACGUCACAUCACAUUUCCUGAGCGGAGAUGAGUUGACUGACAGCAACCGUCUGAAAGAGGCUGCAGCCAGUUUCCCCAGUCCACCUCCACUAUCGCAGACCAAGGACUUCUUACAGGGACAAGUUAUGGGAUUAUCUGAAAGUGGGACCACAGCUCUGGGUCCAGCUGCUCUCCUGGCAAUUGCAAUGGCCUCAAGACAGCCAGGGUCCAAUGUCAUUGUCUGCACAGAUGGGAAGGCCAACACAGAGUUGGGAAAUCUGGAGAUGGAGGACAAUGAUGCCCACAGCCUCCUCUCAUCCACCAUCUUCUACCAGGAGCUGGGCGAGUACGCCGCUAAGCAGGGUGUGACGGUGUCUGUGCUGUCCAUAGAGGGAACAGACUGCAGGCUGGACGAGCUGGGACGACUCGCCGACCGCACCGGCGGCAAAGUGGUGAUAUCCAGUCCAAACCGGCUGCACCCAGAGUUCGAACAGAUCAUUGACAACAGGACCACAGCUACACACUGUACCGUCACGUUACUGCUGCCCAAAUCCCUACGAAUGAGAGGAGAGAAGGAGUCUGGACACAGAGUGAUCCGAGAGUUAGGGAAUGUGGCCCCGGACACAGAGAUCACAUUCCAGUUUGGAGUCAACGAACUGGACACAGAAGCGUCGGCUCCAGCCCCUGGAAGCCGUGUGUGCAUCCAGCUGCUGAUCAGGUACCGGCAGAGGAACGGAGAGAGGAUGCUCCGGGUGAUAACUGCAAACCGAGAUGUUACCGAUGACAGCUCGGCGGCCCUGUCCUCCCUGUCCCUGGCCAUCAUUCAGCUCAACUCGUCACAGGCCAGCGCCGCCCUGGCUGUCAGGGGCCGCAUCCUGGACGCCAGGAGGGAAGGGGAGCUGCAGAGGAAGCUGAUAGAGAGAGCGAUUGAAUAUAAUCACAGUGCCCAGGACCAACAGACUUACCAAGAAUGGGUUUUAACCAUGGAGCCGAUAUACAACAACAUUCAUAGCUUGACCCGGAGACAAUCAGUCAUCUCAGACUCACAGCAGUCUCUAACAGAUGCUGGAGCGGCGCUGCUCUACACCAUGAAGCACAGCAACAGGAAGUCCAUCACACUGAAGAACAAAGUUAAACUCUAGUUUCUACACUUUUUUUUUUUACCUUGCUGGAGGAAACUCAUGAGCGACAGGGAUGAAUACAACUGCUGUUUGACUUUGUCUGACUGUAUAAAUAUCCUUUUAAUAUUAUACAAUGUAAAUGUAUCACUGUAUAAAUCGGCUGAAAACAAGCUCAUCUGUGUCAAAAACAUUCAUUUCUCUGUAAGAUGUCUGUCCACGUUGCACACACAAACUGCUGAGGCCGUGCACAGUGUAUUUGACACCUUCCCGGUGACAGUAAGAGCUUUUGUGUUGACAAAAAAAAACAACCUGACUCAGAAACACAUCAUGCAGCUCACACCCAGGUCCUCUGGUUUCAGCAAAAAUGCAUCUCACAGCGUCCAACCCUGAUUGUGAUGAUUAUUUAAUUGUGUUGUAAAACAUGUGAUUUGUAACCACCAAAUUGGAUCAUGCAACCAAAACUUAAUAACACCAGAGCAGCUGAGGAUCAUUAAAAGUCAAGUUUAUUUAUGAGGCACAUUUCCCAGGACACAGGGGAUCAUCAGAAUGCUUCACAUGAAAACACGAAAUAAGAACGGAGCUAAAAGACUGAGAAGUGUGAGGUCUGUAAAGAAUUAAAACAUUCAAACUCAUACAAUGUUACAGUUCAAAUUAAAAGCGUGAGGUCAACAAAAAUGAUAAAACCUGUUGUGGGAUCCUCUAAUAUCUUUUUUCCACUUUGCAAGUGAAUGCAGCAUUAUCAUGUUUUGUUUUAAUUCUACAGGAACAUGAGCUGAGAGUUCUGGAGGGUUCAUAUUGUGGAAGCAAGUGUUUUAAUCUGUCCAUAAGCCAUUAACUGAUGAAUAGACAAGUAGGAACCUUCAUCCAUAAUUUUGACUGCUUAUCCUUUAAAUGUCGAGAGGAGGCUUAUGGAGGAAAUGUGUUUUUCUAGAUC